AUGCAAAAUCAGCUAAGUCAGAUGGCAUUGGCAAUCAACCGCCUGGAAUCCCAAGUUUUUGGAAAAUUACCUUCUCAACCUGAAUUGAACCUGAAGAAUGUAAGUGCAAUGACUUUAAGGAGUGGGAAGGAAAUUCAGGGGUCCGAACUCACGAUUUCCAAGGACAAAGAUAAGGAAAGGAUCGAUAAUGAGCUUGAGAAGGAGGACAGCAAUGGCACAAAUCAAAAGAUACUCUCUGAUCCAGUCAUUACAGUUAAAACUAACCGCCUCCCUUUCCUAGCAGGUUGGAGAAACCGAAGAAGCAGUAUAAGGAGAAGGAGAUCCUGGAGGCGGCUGAGAGGGGAUGCAAGGGUCAUUGUGGGGGAGAACGUGUCAGCAGUUCUCCAAAGGAACCUUCCACCGAAGUGCGGGGAUCCAGGUAGGUUUACUGUCCCAUGUAGGAUAGGUAAUACUUUGAUUAGGAAUACUCUGCUGGACUUAGGAGCAUCAAUCAACGUAAUGCCUAAAUCUAUGUAUGCUUCUCUGAACCUCAGUCCAUUAAAAGAAACUGAGAUAAUAAUCCAAUUGGCAGACCGAACAAAUGCAUACCCUGAUGGGUUGGUCGAUGAUGUGUUGGUUAAAGUUAAUGAAUUGGUAUUCCCGACUGACUUUUAUGUACUUGACAUGGAUGAUGACCAUUCUCCCGACCCUUCACCUUUGCUUUUAGGUAGACCCUUUUUGAACACAGUACAGACAAAAAUUGACGUUAAUAAGGGUACAUUGUCCACGGAAUUUGAUGGAGAACUAGUCCAUUUUAAUAUUUUUGAUACAAUGGAAUAUCUUGUUAACUGUCACUCUGUGUUUGUUAUUCAUACUAUUAAUCCCUCUGUACAAGAAUUUUCUGAGUUUGCUUGUAGGGGCAAAUUCAAAUUUACUGAGAACAAGUAUAAAGGGAUGAAAGCAAUGUAUGAGGUGAAAAGGAACAGGAAAUUAAGGAAGAACGUUGCACUCAAUGGCUAUGUGGAUCCCGGAGGAGUGCCACGGAUUACAAGGAAAAUUGACUUACACCCAAAUUGA